AUGCUAAAUAUGCAUACGAAUGACAACACGGAGAGCUACCAGCCUCCUGAGACCGGCCUCUGUUCACAAGUACAAGUAAGCACUUUUGUAUUAUUUUUUUGCACAACAUUAUUCUGUUGCUCUUCUAUCCAGAUCCUUGGGAAUAGUGUUUAUUUAAUGGCCGGAUUAAACUAGCGAUUCACAGCUUUUCAUUUCAAGAUCUACUGGUGUUUAUUACCUGAAAUCUUAAAAGGGAAAAUGCUUGUCAAAGUAUUAAGGGUCAACUUAUGCUCUCCGUCCUCGCCGAACUAAACGUAUAAAUGCGAAUUUUGAACAAAAUGUUCCCUUGUGUGCCUCAAAUACCUUAUUUCACAUUCAAACAAAUGUUUAUCUUCAUUUAUACAACUUUUUUUCCUUUCUUAUUACAGCCCAUCUAAAAUGUUACAAAAAAAGCCGCAGGAAUUUCAGAGUACAAGUGAAUGUUUAGUUUCGUUGGAAAAACGCACAAAUAAUUGACAAGUAAAGAGAUAACUCGAUCAGGUUUUUAGCCAGAAUUGCUAUUAAAUAUUCACAUUCUAUAGCAGGUUGUUUUUCGAAUAUUUUUAAACCGUACGAGCUCAAGUUAGGCUUUAUUUUUUUUCUUGUAAACAGCUGCUUUUCACUGUAUACAAUGAGCAGUAUGAAAUUCGCGAUCUUCCUUUUUAUUCUUUUUUUCUUUUGCAGUUUUCUGGUCAAGAAGUUCGAAAAGAAACAGAUUUUCAUCGUGAUCCGAUGAAUCGUGAGGGUGAAUCAUGGUAAUGUCUUAAUACGUUAUGUAAAUCAUGUGAACUUUAAUUACAACUAUUCAAAGACAGCAUUGAAAGCUGUUCUCGCGGUGUAAAAGAUUAGCUGAAAUAAUCAUUAAGAUGAAAAAUAGUUCAUUGAGUUUUGUCCGUAGCCAUAUCGCAUUACAGUGUUUCAAACUAAGCGUUGCUGAAUAGCGUUUUACAAGUUGCUGCUUGAAAAUCUACAAAAGAAUAAAUUUAACAAUACUAUGGCAAUCUUCCACUCGUUUGAAUGCCCUGUUGCGAUAAGAAAAGUGUCAAAAUUAAGUAGACGUGAGAAAAAAUCGGAAGACUAUACCACAAAAUUAUCUUUAAUUUCUCUUGUGGUCUAAUCUGUAAAUAACUAAUUUGAUGGUCUCGCUCCUCAGUGCCGCCAGUCAAGCCUUCAACAACACGGGCGCAUCGCCGAUGACUAGCGCGCAGUGGCAAGUGCGUAUAUUCUGUUCCUAAUUCCUAGUAUAAGGAUAUAUUCAUUUGCACCAUACGCGUAUAGCUGUAGCCUUUUAUACUGCAAAUUUCUUUUCCUGUCUUUAAGCUUAAAUAAAAUUCCGAAGACGCGACGGCUAUACGCGUACCGUCGCAAAUGGGUCUAUCUUUUUAAUGGAAGCUUUUAUCUAGGAUACUGUUGGUGAUACUGUUACCUGCCACACAUUACUUUCCUGGCUGGGCUUCAUAUCUUUUUUUUUAUCAUAUUUUUUUUCUCUCCUUGAACCAAGAACGUCUCUUUGAACAAUGGAGAACGAGGUCAAAAAAAUGAUCAGAGCCAAGGUAAGUAAUGCCUUGACCUUUUUAAAACAAGACAAAGGUAAAUGAAAUAUAUUUCACUGGAAUCAUUCUAAGAUGGAUUUCGGUUUUUGGUCCUAUAUAUUAAUUGAGGUCGACAUUAAAAGCUAGGACUAGGAGAGUCUUAGAGCAACUUGGAAUAUAAGUUUACUGGAAUUUCUUUUCUCUGACAUUCUGCAAUAUCCGAAGCUGACACGAGCAAUAUUCUAUUUGCAAGACUGCCAAAAGAAAAGCCAAAGUUCUGCUUUGUUUUUCUUAGGGUGCCCUGAUACUUAUGAAAAUAUGAUCACAAGAAUGGAAGAUAUUGAGAAGACCCUGGCAGCGACAAAGGAAACUGCAACAAAAGCAAGUGGUUAGUACCAAUACUUCAACACCAACCCUCAGUGGGUUGUGGCUAUUACCUGCACCGGCUUUUAGGGCAUAAUUUAACGGUACAGCUUUGGGCAUUGGAAAUUGGCAAUUGACUACUCCAGAAAAUAACAUAACAUACCACAAUGCUCUUUGUUUGUCACCCCAAAACUUUGCAAUAGCCUUGACUUCGGUUUCUCUUGGGGGUUAAAAUGGUCCGAAGAGAAACUGAAAACAGUGCUUAGGCAAAAUUUUGGGGUGACAAAGACCAUCAUGGCAUGUUUAUGGUAUUUUCUGGAGUGGUCAAUUGUGCAUUAAAUAUACGGAACUCGCUGCAAUGAUUUUCUUGACUGACCACCAAAAAAAUAGCUUCCCAGAGCGUAAUUCCCAAAGCAACCUUUAUUGAAUCAGCUGUAUAUAAUUGCUGUACACACUGUAAAAGAACUCUGUUUUUGUCUCUCGGGCUCUUCGCAGCUGUACCUGGGAUCUUCUCGCGUUUCCCAAAACCCGGGUGAUAUGGGCAUCCCUUCUGAUAUCGCCUUAGCGAUUUGGGUUGGGGUUAGGGUUAGGUUAGGGUUAUAUUGGAAAACGAGAAGACCCUGGGGACGAGAUUAAGCUCUUCGUUGCACGGGAGUUCAACUUUAUUUGACUUUUGGAACAAUGUUCUUCAAUCACGACCCUGUAAGUCUUCUUUAAUAGAGCCGUUCUUUGAGCAGACUACCACCGUUAACGUUAAAAACCAACACUCUCUUCAAACUAAAAACAAAUCGUCCCCGUCUUGCGUGAUCUGUUGUUUCAUUUCUGAGUAUAUGUAGGCCCCAAAUGCCUCGUGAAAAGACCAAAUGACGAGUAUGUACUUUAUCGGGACUCUUGCGUUCUCUGGUCACUUGAUCUAUAGACAAAAAGAAUAACUAUGGAUCGAUGCUUCUGCAAAUCCCAUGAUAAAAGACUUAGAAGACGACCAGCAACCAACCCUUUAAAGCAUGACCUGCACACAGAUGUUCUCCCCCCAAAUCAUGAAACAACGGGAAGCAUAGGGGACACUCCUAAAAUGUUUAGGAUUACGCGCAUUGUAGUAAUUAUAGUAGUAAUCGAAAGGAAGUACAUGUUGACUACAAAAGAUAGCGGAGGUCCUGUCUAUGGUCUGUGUCACAUACGUUACAGAUUUGACCGAUCUACCGAAAUCCCCUCCUUAUACUGCAUCAUUGAUUGCGACAUCGCAAACAAGCCGCUGUGAAGGCCGAUUCAAACUGUUACUUCUUUUCCUUUUGCGCGUAUAGGAAAGGAAAUCGCCGGGGGUGGACUAUCUUUUAACUUACUAAGGUCGUAAGUACUGUACUCACGUUCAUGUUUUUUUGUUUUGUUUUAUUCAACAGUUCGCUGUCAUAUGCUGAACGUUGACGUUGUUACCAUGUUUAACCCAGAAAUGAUGGAUAUGUUAAACCAAACAGUUGAACAGUGUGAAAACUGUAUAAAGAGAAUGGAGUCUUUAUCUCCAAAUGACAGUUGA